CGGAUGGAUGGAUGGAUAGACAGACAUACAGAUAGAUAGAUAGGAUGGAUGUGUGUAGCCUACUGUGUGCUCAGUGUUGAGUCAUUAAUCUUCUACAGGAUUAUGUUAUUGUUGAGCAGGGCAGCUGCAGCUCUCAUUAGUCUCAGAAUGGACCAAAGUUUAACUCCUCUGGAAAGACUGAAGUUCAAUAACGUUGCUUUAAAAGCACUGCCAGUGGAUUCAUCUCUAGAACCGGGCUCAAGGACGGUAAAAGCAGCAUGUUUUUCUCUAGUAAAGCCACAGGCGCUGAUCAAACCAACAAUUGUUGCCUUGUCGGGACCGGCUCUUGCUUUACUGGGAUUGAAGGUGGAAGAUGUUUUACAGGACCCACAUGCGGCAGAAUAUCUGAGUGGGUCUCGGCUGAUACAGGGGUCUGAGCCCGCUGCACACUGCUAUUGUGGACACCAGUUCGGUCAGUUCGCAGGACAACUGGGGGAUGGGGCUGUGUGUUAUUUGGGGGAAGUGGAGGUGGAGGUCGGGGCUGAGCAAACUACUGAUCCGAACAGAACAAGUCCUUGUGGUCGGUGGGAAAUUCAGGUUAAAGGCGCUGGACUGACCCCUUAUUCUAGGCUGUCUGAUGGACGUAAAGUGCUGCGCUCCAGCAUUCGGGAGUUCCUGUGCAGUGAGGCCAUGUUUGCUUUGGGAAUUCCCACAACACGAGCAGGAUCUCUAGUGACCUCUGACCUUUAUGUCCAGAGGGAUGAGUUUUACAGUGGCAAUCCCAAACCAGAGAGGUGCUCGGUGGUGCUCAGAAUCGCACCCACCUUCAUCAGAUUUGGCUCGUUUGAGAUCUUCCACCCUCUGGAUGAUUUCACUGGAAGACAAGGCCCUAGUGUGGGACGGCCUGAUAUUCGUGCAGGACUUCUGGAUUAUGUCAUUGAAACAUUCUACCCUGAAAUACAGAGAGGACAUUUAGACCGCAAAGAGAGGAAUGCUGCCUUCUUCAGAGAGGUGACUGUAAGAACUGCCAAACUGGUUGCCCUGUGGCAAAGUGUGGGAUUUUGCCAUGGUGUUCUCAACACAGACAACAUGAGUAUCCUGGGGCUCACUAUAGACUAUGGCCCCUUCGGCUUCAUGGACAGGUUUGACCCUGAGUUUGUGUGCAAUGCCUCUGAUAAGAAGGGCCGCUAUACUUAUGAAGCUCAGCCGUAUGUCUGCCGCUGGAACCUGGCACGCUUGGCUGAAGCUCUUGGUGCAGAGAUCCAGUCAAUUAAAGCAGGUGUCAUUUUAGAUGAGUUCAUGUCCCUUUAUGAGGACUUCUACCUGGGCAACAUGAGGAAGAAGCUGGGUCUACUGCGAAAACAAGAACCAGAGGAUGGGGAACUGGUGGCGGAUAUGUUGAAGACCAUGCACAUUACAGGUGCAGACUUCACAAACACAUUUCGUCUGCUCAGUGACAUAUCCAGCCCUGUUGGGGAUCCUGCAGAGAAAGACAAUACAGACUCAGUUGUGGAACUGAUUGUGGAUCAGUGUGCAUUGCUGGAGGAACUAAAGGUGGCAAACCAUCCUACAAUGCAGCCCGGUGAGUUGGAGAUGAUUCUCUCCAUGGCGGAGACAAAUCCAGAAAUGUUCAACAUGGUAGCCAAUCAGCCAGAGGUUACUAAGCAGCUGGAGAAAAUAGGCAGGCUGAGGGAGCUUCUGAUGAUCAGUGAGGCGGAGCUAAAAGUCAAGCAGAGAGAACAUUGGCAGAGAUGGGUCAAACAAUACAGGAAACGUCUGGCUUUUGAAUGUAAUCAAGCAAGUGACCCUGCUUCAGUAGAAAAAGAAAGGGUUCGAUUUAUGAACUCCACCAAUCCUGCUGUGGUUUUGCGUAACUAUAUUGCCCAGAAUGCAAUUGAUGCAGCUGAAAAGGGUGAUUUCUCAGAGGUUCAACGGGUGCUUAGAGUUUUGGAGAACCCUUAUUCAGUGAGUCCUGAUCUGGAGUGUCCAGUGUGGUCAGCGGGAAAAGGAUCAGGUCAAGCUGAUGGUAUUAGCAUUAAGGGACAGGAGGUGAUGGAAAACACACAAAGAAAAACAGCAGCUGAAACUCACCACAUUUCAUACAACAGCAAACCUUCUGAAUGGGCCAAAGCGAUCAGUGUCACAUGAUCAUCCUAAAAACCUCCCAAACAUUACAGUACAAGUCUGUUCGAGAAAAUGUAGAACAUGGAGGUAUUUUCCACCCAUGUUUAUCGAUCAGGUAAAGUAUUUAGUGCUGUGGGAGGCUGAGCAACACACAACACUCUUUGUUUCAGAUCAUGCAGAGACGAAAACCCACAUGUCUUUAUUUCUAAAUACUGCAUGAUACAGACUCUACAAUUAAGACAGAAUUGUGAAAUAUAUAUCAUCAUAAUUUCAAGAAAAAUGUUAAAAUAGUGUAUAACCCAGAUAUAAACGUGCAAUUCUGGUUUUAAAAUUUGAUUCAUAAAUAAUAAUAUAUUUAAUAUUUGCAAGAAAAAAGUUUUAUAGAGCAGAUAUAAACUAACAACAUUUUUUAUUUUAUUUUUUAUAUAUUUUUUUUAGAGUUGCAUGAUACAUACUAAAACUGAAUUGUGAAAUACAUAUUCAUAAUUGCAGGAAAAGAGUAUGUAAAGUGGACCUAUUUCCCCAGAAUUGCAGUUGCGAGUCAUUAAGUCAAUUGUAAGGUAAAAAAAAAUACUAGGAUCUUACAUUUGCGGGUUUACAUCUUGCACUUCUGACUUUAUAACAGACUAUUUUGUUUUAGAUUAUUUCACAAUUCUGUAAAUAAAAAGUUUCUAUAAUGCAGUUCUAGGAAAAUGUAAGAGUUGUGAGAUAUAAACUCACAUGUGGAGUGAAAAAAGUCAGGAUUGUAGGAUAAAAAGUUGAUUAUAUUUUAUUUUUUAAAUCAAUGGUGAAAACUUGCUUCCAUACCACACAGAAUCUAAUUUGGAUGGAUAUAAUUUUCAUAGUCUCUGCCAUUAUCUGAUAAAUGAAGACUCGAGAUGAUUAGCUGAACUGGCCCGUCUGAGUUUGAAAAGCAAGGAGUCAGUGUAUUGUACACACAUAGGAACACAUCUCUUUAAAUAUGCAGUGAUUACUUACACUUUCAAGGGGUAGAUCACCUAAUAAUUAUUGCUCUCAAAAUCUAAAGUACACUGUAAAAAGCAAGUAGUUGCUUUACAUUAAAAAAGUGAGUAAACCAGUUGCCUUAAAAAGUAAAGAGUUGAUUUUACUUAAAAAAGACAGUAAACCCAUUGACUUAACUUUAUAAGGCAAUGACUUUGCUCUCUUUUUUAAAGUCAAACUUUUUACAGCAUGUAUAUGUUUAAUACAAUUAUUUUUUAUGCAUGCGAUUAAAUCUAUUAAACAAAAACAAGCAAUUAAAGUAAUUGACUUAUAUUGUCGAAAAGCACAAUGAAAAUAUAAAUAUAGGCUUAGUAUAGGCUUAAUGCUUAAUUUAAGUUCUUACUAAAGAUUUUGUGAAACUAAAAUAUUAAGGUAAAACCAUACAGUACAAAUGCUGUUAAGUAAUAUAGCUCAGGUGAUUGAGUUUGAUUGUUUUUUAUGAUAUACAAUUUUUAAUAAAUGCUCUCUUCAUACCAA